CUCUGACUGCUGUAGCAUCGACGCUAAGAUAUAAGAUAAGAGACAAUCGACAAUUUUCAUCCGCCCCGCGAGAAAUUUCGUGGAGGCACAACACAUCUGUAACUGCUAUGACUGCAAUCCGCCAGUUCUGUGUUUAGUAUCCUCAUUCCGUCCUCCUGCUCAGACGCAAGAUUGAAACGCGACCUCAGUCUUCACAAUGGCUUCCGUGGCCACCGAUUCCUCCGCCUCCGCCGCGACCGUGGCGGCUCUGCGCAAAGAUCUGACCUCGGAAACUGUCCCGCUUGCUCGUCGGUUCCGAGCCCUCUUUUCUCUCAAACACCUAGCUUCGCAAUCUCCGGGGCCUCAGGCGACAGCAGCUAUAGAGGCCAUAGCGGCAGCAUUUACCUCGCCAUCUGCCCUGCUUAAACAUGAGUUGGCCUACUGUCUGGGGCAAACCAAGAAUCUGGUGGCGGUCCCCUUCCUGAGGGCUGUUCUCGAGGACAAAGCAGAAGACGCUAUGUGUAGGCACGAAGCAGCCGAGGCAUUAGGGGCGUUGGGAGAUUUGGGAAGUCUGGAUAUACUGCAGCAACUUAAAGACGACGAACAGGAGCCCGUCGUGGUGAGGGAGACCUGCGAAAUUGCUGUUGACCGCAUCCAAUGGGAACACUCAGAGACCAAGAGAUCUGAAGCCUUGAAACCGAGCGACUUCGCGUCUAUCGAUCCUGCUCCUCCCAUGCCGCUCUCCUCAGAGACUCCUUCCAUCCCGGCACUACAGAAAGCCCUCCUUGACACUUCGUUGCCGCUAUUCCAACGCUAUAGAGCCAUGUUUGCUCUCCGAGACCUCGCGUCUCCUCCCGACCGCCCGACCGCAGAAGCAGCCGUCCAUGCGCUAGCAUCUGGCUUUGCUGACCCUUCGGCACUUUUUAGACACGAAGUAGCAUUCGUUUUCGGCCAGCUCUCACAUCCUGCAUCGAUACCCGCGUUACAAUCGGUCUUAGAAAACCAAAAGGAGGAAAGUAUGGUUCGACACGAGGCCGCUGAGGCGCUGGGAAGCCUGGGAGAAGAGCCUGGGGUUGAAGAUAUGCUGAAGAAAUUUCUCGACGAUCCUGAGCAAGUCGUCCGCGACAGCGUUAUUGUUGCUCUUGACAUGGCCGAGUAUGAGAAGAAUGGCGAGAUGGAAUACGCCACCGUUCCUGCCCCGGUAGCCGCAUAGUUGGAUAGGUGUAUUUCUCAAAUAGCGCAUAUGGAAGGCGUUCAAGCGUUUAUCUAAGCCA